AACAGUGAGACGUCACUUGGGGUAACCAUAACGUCGUCAAGGCUGUGGCGUCACGCCUCUAAGCGGAUACGGCAGAAGUUUUGGGGUCAGACACAAGACUUCCAAGUUUGAAUGGGCAGCGCAAAACUCAGGUAAGUUUUCCAGUAGUGCCGCCGAUCCCAGCCAGGCCCGGAAGACACAACGAGAACCGUGAGCCGUUACGAAAGCCUAAAACACUGAGCUCGCGUCCUGCCAGACAGCAGACGCACAAACCUACGCCUCCGAGCGCUCCCUCGAGGUCCCGCCUACUCUUCUCUCCCGAGCCCGCUAGAGGUCUGGAGGAGGAGGGGCCAAGGGUGAGGAGGAGGGGCCAAGGGUAAGGAGGACAGUAUGAGCAUGCGCACUCAGUACCCAGUCAGUGAACCAAUAAGGAAUCUCGCGAGGGUUGAAAGUCGGUGGCGUAGGUAGUCGUCCUGGAUGCUGGCGAGAUAGACGAUAUCUGCCAGAGGAAGAGGAGGAGGAGGCGGCGAAGCGUUUUCCCAGCCUCAGUCUCUGUUUCGUUUUCCUUUUCCCUUCCCCCAACCCUCCGCCCUUCUCUAAAUCAGCCCGCCUUCCUUGACCUCAGUGACCCGUCUGGCCCCGCCCAUCCUCGUCGACGUGAUUCCCGCCGUGAGGAAGUAUUUGAUGAUGCAUCACCUGGAAAGCAAAAAGAAAUCCAAGAACCAGAUCCUACCUAUGAAGAAAAAAUGCAAACUGACCGGGCAAAUAGAUUCGAGUAUUUAUUAAAGCAGACAGAACUGUUUGCACAUUUCAUUCAGCCUGCUGCUCAGAAGACUCCAACUUCACCUUUGAAGAUGAAACCAGGACGCCCACGAAUAAAAAAAGAUGAGAAGCAGAACUUACUAUCAGUUGGCGAUUACCGACACCGUAGAACAGAGCAGGAGGAGGAUGAAGAACUACUAACAGAAAGCUCCAAAGCAACCAAUGUUUGCACUCGAUUUGAAGACUCUCCAUCAUAUGUAAAAUGGGGUAAACUGAGAGAUUAUCAGGUCCGAGGAUUAAACUGGCUCAUUUCUUUGUAUGAGAAUGGCAUCAAUGGUAUCCUUGCAGAUGAAAUGGGCCUAGGAAAGACUCUUCAAACAAUUUCUCUUCUUGGGUACAUGAAACAUUAUAGAAACAUUCCUGGUCCUCAUAUGGUUUUGGUUCCUAAGUCUACAUUACACAACUGGAUGAGUGAAUUCAAGAGAUGGGUACCAACACUUAGAUCUGUUUGUUUGAUAGGAGAUAAAGAACAAAGAGCUGCUUUUGUCAGAGACGUUUUACUACCAGGAGAAUGGGACGUAUGUGUAACAUCUUAUGAAAUGCUUAUUAAAGAGAAGUCUGUGUUCAAAAAAUUUAAUUGGAGAUACUUAGUAAUAGAUGAAGCUCACAGGAUCAAAAAUGAAAAAUCUAAGUUGUCAGAAAUAGUGAGGGAAUUCAAGACUACAAAUAGACUAUUAUUGACUGGAACACCUCUUCAGAACAACUUGCAUGAGCUGUGGUCACUUCUUAACUUUCUGUUGCCAGAUGUGUUUAAUUCAGCGGAUGACUUUGAUUCCUGGUUUGAUACAAACAACUGCCUUGGGGAUCAAAAACUAGUUGAGAGGCUUCAUAUGGUUUUGCGUCCAUUCCUGCUUCGUCGAAUUAAGGCUGAUGUUGAAAAGAGUUUGCCUCCAAAGAAGGAAGUAAAAAUCUAUGUGGGCCUCAGCAAAAUGCAAAGGGAAUGGUAUACUCGGAUAUUAAUGAAGGAUAUAGAUAUACUCAACUCAGCAGGCAAGAUGGACAAAAUGAGGUUAUUGAACAUCCUGAUGCAGUUGAGAAAGUGCUGUAAUCAUCCAUAUCUCUUUGAUGGAGCGGAACCUGGUCCACCUUAUACAACAGAUAUGCAUCUAGUAACCAACAGUGGCAAAAUGGUGGUUUUAGACAAGCUGCUCCCUAAGUUAAAAGAACAAGGUUCACGAGUAUUAAUCUUCAGUCAAAUGACAAGGGUAUUGGACAUUUUGGAAGAUUAUUGCAUGUGGAGAAAUUAUGAGUACUGCAGGUUGGAUGGUCAGACGCCCCAUGAUGAGAGACAAGACUCCAUCAAUGCAUACAGUGAACCAAACAGCACAAAGUUUGUUUUCAUGUUAAGCACACGUGCUGGUGGUCUUGGCAUCAAUCUUGCGACUGCUGAUGUAGUAAUUUUGUAUGAUUCUGAUUGGAAUCCCCAAGUAGAUCUUCAGGCUAUGGACCGAGCACAUAGAAUUGGACAGACCAAGACAGUCAGGGUGUUCCGCUUUAUAACUGAUAACACUGUAGAAGAAAGAAUAGUAGAACGUGCUGAGAUGAAACUCAGACUGGAUUCAAUAGUCAUUCAACAAGGGAGGCUUGUGGAUCAGAAUCUGAACAAAAUUGGGAAAGAUGAAAUGCUUCAAAUGAUUAGACAUGGGGCAACACAUGUGUUUGCUUCAAAGGAAAGUGAGAUCACUGAUGAAGAUAUUGAUGGUAUUUUGGAAAGAGGUGCAAAGAAGACUGCAGAGAUGAAUGAAAAGCUCUCCAAGAUGGGCGAAAGCUCACUUAGAAACUUUACAAUGGAUACAGAGUCAAGUGUUUAUAACUUCGAAGGAGAAGACUAUAGGGAAAAACAAAAGAUUGCAUUCACAGAAUGGAUUGAACCACCUAAACGAGAAAGAAAAGCCAACUAUGCUGUUGAUGCAUAUUUCAGGGAAGCUCUUCGUGUUAGUGAACCUAAAGCACCCAAGGCUCCUCGACCUCCAAAACAACCCAACGUUCAGGAUUUCCAGUUUUUUCCUCCACGUUUAUUUGAGUUACUGGAAAAAGAAAUUCUGUUUUACAGAAAAACUAUUGGGUACAAGGUACCUCGAAAUCCUGAGCUGCCUAAUGCAGCACAGGCACAAAAAGAAGAACAGCUUAAAAUUGAUGAAGCUGAAUCCCUUAAUGAUGAAGAGCUAGAGGAAAAAGAGAAGCUUCUAACACAGGGAUUUACCAAUUGGAAUAAGAGAGAUUUUAAUCAGUUUAUCAAGGCUAAUGAGAAGUGGGGUCGUGAUGAUAUUGAAAAUAUAGCAAGAGAAGUAGAAGGCAAAACUCCAGAAGAAGUCAUUGAAUAUUCAGCUGUGUUCUGGGAAAGGUGCAAUGAGCUCCAGGACAUAGAGAAGAUUAUGGCUCAGAUUGAAAGGGGAGAGGCGAGAAUUCAAAGAAGAAUAAGCAUCAAGAAAGCACUUGACACAAAGAUUGGACGGUACAAAGCACCUUUUCAUCAGCUGAGAAUAUCAUACGGUACUAACAAAGGAAAAAACUAUACUGAAGAAGAAGAUCGUUUUCUGAUUUGUAUGCUUCACAAACUUGGAUUUGACAAAGAAAAUGUUUAUGAUGAAUUACGACAGUGUAUUCGCAACUCUCCUCAGUUCAGAUUUGACUGGUUUCUUAAGUCCAGAACUGCAAUGGAGCUCCAGAGGAGAUGUAAUACCUUAAUUACUUUGAUUGAAAGAGAAAACAUGGAACUAGAAGAAAAGGAGAAGGCAGAGAAAAAGAAACGAGGACCAAAGCCUUCAACACAGAAACGUAAAAUGGAUGGAGCACCUGACGGUCGAGGAAGAAAAAAGAAGCUGAAACUAUGAAUAUGUUUUUGUUUCAUAAUCACUAACUUUAAACCAGUAGUUCUUUAAUUUACGGGUCUUCAUAAGAUGUACUGUACAAUGCUCAAUUGUUAUGUCAUUUAAAGACAUCAGGUUCAUCUGUUUACUGAGCUAGAAACAUAGUAUGUAGUUUCACUUUUUUAAAUGCAACAGCUGUGCUGAAAUUUUUUUAUCAUUAACACUUGAAGUAAUAAAAUAGGCUUCAUUUAUUACUAAGUGUUUCAUUUGAUUUAUUUUUCUGUUGUAGUUCCAUUUGUGAAGAUUGUGACUUUUUGUUUAUUAGCUAUAAUUUCUAUACUUGUAAGGUUUAAAAACAAGUUAAAAAGAAAAUUGCAAAUAACAUUUGUCCCUUUCAGUCUUCAUUUAGUUGUAUAAUUAUUUUAAUUCACUUUGCCUUUGCAGAAAUUUGGGUAUUUUCUUUGUAGUGCUAUUGAGUCUCAUCUGGAAAGAUUAUAUAAAUUGCAUUCUCCUUGCUUAUGUGGGUAGAAUGGGAAGAGAAGGCAAGACAAAGUAUACUUAAAUUCUAUGCAUAUUUCUGUUAUGCUUUCUGUUUUUUUAGUUGAUUCUGAAAUGAAUACGCCCUAUUCUUUUGAAAGAAUGGCCUUUUAGUUGUAUAGCCAAAGACAUUUAGUAUUUUCCGGUUCCUUAAGGUAUUACUGUACCAUUUUGUAAAAGGAAUAUUAUUAUUAUUAUUUUUAAUUAUUUGGUAAAUAUUUUGUCAUAUGACCUUCUGAAGCAGCCACAACUUAGAUAAUGUCAGAACUAAGGUGAUUUUUUUUUUUUAAUUUUGAAAGAACCAGCCAAAAUGAGGUGUGAAUUUGUCAUACUGUUACAUUGAAAUUGGUAACAAAAUGUAUCCCCUCCCAUUUUGAGUUUUAGGGUAAAUGAAAAUUUUAUUGUAUUUUAAAGUAAUUUCUAAGUGUUAGCAAGACUGACUGUAAUUCCAGUUUCUGUUUUCUAUGGACAGACUUGAUAAACUGGAGACCCUAAAGCAGGAAUACCCAAAUUAUAGUGUCAGGAUUUUAGCUGUACCAGAGGCCUUUAUGUGCUACACAUAAUUUGUAUAAAAUUUUAUAUGUGCAGAUUGGGUACAUAAACAGUUCUCCAUUUUUCUAAGGGAAUGCAAUAAAUGUAGCAUCGUGAAUAAAUAUAACUUUUAUAAUCUGUAAA